AUGUUCCCGGGGGCGGAGCCACUGGUGGACCCGAAGGACCCAUGCGCGGCCGCCAUCUUGGAGUCUCCUCUCAGGCGCUCCGACCGGCUUUUCGCGCCGCCGCCCCGGCUCCCCGCGGCCUCGCCACCGGGCAGGAUGAAUGUGAUAGACCACGUGCGGGACAUGGCGGCCGCGGGGCUGCACUCCAACGUGCGGCUCCUCAGCAGCCUGUUGCUCACCAUGAGCACUAACAACCCUGAGUUAUUCUCCCCAUCUCAGAAGUACCAGCUUUUAGUGUAUCAUGCAGAUUCGCUCUUUCAUGAUAAGGAAUAUCGGAAUGCUGUGAGCAAGUAUACCAUGGCUUUACAGCAGAAGAAAGCCUUAAGUAAAACCUCAAAAGUGCGACCUUCAACUGGCAAUUCUACAUCCACUCCACAGAGUCAGUGUCUUCCAUCUGAAAUUGAAGUGAAAUACAAAAUGGCUGAAUGUUACACAAUGCUAAAACAAGAUAAAGAUGCCAUUGCUAUCCUUGAUGGGAUCCCUUCGAGACAGAGAACUCCCAAAAUAAACAUGAUGCUGGCAAACUUGUAUAAGAAGGCUGGUCAGGAGCGCCCGUCAGUCACCAGCUAUAAGGAAGUGCUGAGACAGUGCCCAUUAGCCCUUGAUGCCAUUCUAGGUUUGCUGUCCCUAUCUGUAAAAGGUGCAGAGGUGGCAUCAAUGACAAUGAAUGUCAUCCAGACCGUGCCUAACUUGGACUGGCUCUCUGUGUGGAUCAAAGCAUAUGCUUUUGUGCAUACUGGUGACAACUCAAGAGCAAUCAAUACCAUCUGUUCACUAGAGAAAAAGUCGUUGUUACGAGAUAAUGUGGAUCUACUGGGAAGCUUAGCUGAUCUAUACUUCAGAGCUGGAGACAAUAAGAACUCUGUCCUCAAAUUUGAACAAGCACAGAUGUUGGAUCCUUAUCUAAUAAAAGGAAUGGAUGUGUAUGGCUACCUCCUGGCGCGAGAAGGGCGGCUGGAGGAUGUGGAGAAUCUUGGCUGCCGACUCUUCAAUAUUUCUGAUCAGCAUGCGGAACCCUGGGUGGUCUCGGGGUGUCAUAGCUUCUAUAGCAAACGCUACUCUCGGGCCCUCUAUUUAGGAGCAAAGGCCAUUCAGCUGAACAGUAAUAGCGUUCAAGCUUUGCUGCUGAAGGGAGCAGCACUCAGGAACAUGGGCCGAGUCCAAGAAGCAAUAAUCCACUUUCGGGAGGCCAUACGGCUUGCACCUUGUCGCUUAGACUGUUACGAAGGUCUCAUUGAAUGUUACUUAGCCUCAAACAGUAUUCGUGAAGCAAUGGUAAUGGCUAACAACGUUUACAAAACUCUAGGAGCGAAUGCACAAACCCUUACCCUUCUAGCCACUGUUUGUCUCGAAGACCCAGUGACACAGGAAAAAGCCAAAACUUUGUUAGAUAAAGCCCUGAACCAAAGGCCGGAUUACAUUAAGGCUGUGGUGAAAAAAGCAGAACUGCUUAGCAGAGAGCAGAAAUAUGAAGAUGGAAUUGCUUUGCUGAGGAACGCACUAGCUAACCAGAGUGACUGCGUCCUGCAUCGGAUCCUAGGAGAUUUCCUUGUAGCUGUCAAUGAGUAUCAGGAAGCAAUGGACCAGUAUAGUAUAGCACUAAGUUUGGACCCCAAUGACCAGAAGUCUCUAGAGGGGAUGCAGAAGAUGGAGAAGGAGGAGAGUCCCACGGAUGCCACUCAGGAGGAGGAUGUGGACGACAUGGAAGGGAGUGGGGAAGAAGGGGACCUGGAGGGCAGCGACAGUGAGGCGGCCCAGUGGGCUGACCAGGAGCAGUGGUUCGGCAUGCAGUGA